CGCGCGCUCAGGUUGCGCCGACGCGUCGCUCCACUGACGCCGUGUGGCUGCAGCGCGACAGACGUUUCUCCCUUUUCCUCUGCCGUUAUUAUCACAGCGGCUCUACCGUACACUCCACCAUGGAGACCAAACCGGUCAUCACCUGCCUUAAAACCCUGCUCAUCGUCUAUUCCUUCGUGUUUUGGAUAACAGGAGCCAUCCUGCUGGCAGUGGGAGUAUGGGGAAAGCUGAUGCUGGGCCCGUAUAUCUCUCUGAUAGCUGAUAACUCCACCAACGCCCCAUACGUCCUCAUUGGUACUGGGACCAUCAUCAUCGUUUUUGGCCUGUUUGGAUGCUUCGCCACCUGCAGAGGAAGCCCAUGGAUGCUGAAGCUGUAUGCCAUGUUCCUGUCGCUCAUCUUUCUCGCUGAGCUAGUGGCUGGCAUCUCUGGAUUUGUGUUUCGCCACGAGAUAAAAGGAACCUUUCGCAGAACAUACUUUGAUGCAGUCCUGAACUACAAUGCUGCGGAUGAGGCAAGCCGUGCUGUUGAUAACUUGCAGCACAAGCUCCGUUGCUGUGGCGUGUAUAACUACACAUCUGACUGCCUCCCAGAAGACCUCCGCAAUGCAACUAUAGCCCCAAAUAAGGUCUACCACCAGGGCUGCUAUGAGCUGGUCACUUCAUUCAUGGAAACCAACAUGGCCAUUAUUGCAGGAGUGACAUUUGGGAUUGCAUUCUCACAGCUGAUUGGCAUGCUGCUGGCCUGCUGUCUGUCCAGGAUCAUCACAGCCAAUCAGUAUGAGAUGGUCUAGCUGAUGUGAUGUGGCAGGGAGAUGAAGAGAAGAAGAGACAAAGAGCCUUGACACACAACAAGAGUAAAUUCCCGAAAACAUUAUCACAGUGUGAAUUGGAAUUUACCUCCCUCUGUCUCUCUGCCUGUGAUUUUAAUGUAAUAUCUUAAUGUAUCUUACUGUAAAGCACCAUUCCUCGACUCACUGCUGUUGCAUCAAAGCUUUCUCUACCACACAUCACACUGCUGUUGGAUGUAGACGUUGCUCAUUAAGCACAUAUCUUGGAUCAAUACAUCCUGCAAACAAGCAGGUAGAGCGGUGUUGGUCUCAGAUAAGUGAAUGUGUGUAAUUUGGCUUCGUAGCUGGUUGCAGCAUGCUCUACCGAGCGUCAUCAGAAGACCACUGCACAUCUUUGUACAGAAUGACAUUACUAAAGCUUGAAAGAAAUACUUUGAUAGGUUUAGUUUUGCAAUUGACUUUGCUAUUUCUCACCAUUGUAUAUUCCUAUGGUUGUGACAUUUUGUGAAUUGAUUAUAUGUACUAAGGAUGGUAUUUAAGUUUAUAUGUAAAAUGAGGAAACUCAAGAAGAAAAGAAAGGAGGUGAGUAGAUAGAGAGUAUUUUUCCCUGUAGACUAGGUAUGAUUUCUUUUUUUACGUAAAUAUUUAACAUAAAGGCAAAUUAUGUAGUAAGUUACAUGUUAAAUUGUAAUUUAAUAUCAGUUAAAGCUUUAGUCUGAGAUAAUAAUAAUAAUAAGACCAUACACAUAACAACCUAAGAGCACAAACACCAGUUGUGGAUCAUUGCUGUAAAUUUUCCACAACAGCUUAAAAUAAAAGUUAAUUUUACAUGAAUUUACAAUUUCUCAAUACUUAACUCAGAAUCAGCUUUAAUCACUAAGUACGUUGACUAUACAAGGAAAUUGUCUCCAGCACAGAGGCUUUCAGUGUGUUUUAGGCAAGAGACAAUAGAAUAGUGCAAU